AUGAUCUGAUCACCUCUUUAUUUCUAUCUCUUAAAAAACCUAAAUUUUUUGCACCCAAUAAGUUCUCUUACCUUGAAUCCCAAUCUCAUGCGUUUUCUUAUGAAAGUUCUCAUAUUUUCUUUAUGAAAACUCACUAUUUUGAUAUCUUUGCCUUGUAUAUUUUAAGCGGAAUAAUUUCGCGAUGAAGCAGAACGCUUUCGCUGCAUGCGAGGAGAUGAGAGGCUCCUCCAUCCCUGUUUACUGUCCCAAGCCUCGCCGGGUCGGGCAGCUCGCCGUUCCCGACCCGUUUAGAUCCGUCCGAUGGCAAGCCAGUCCUAAAUCUGAUCAUUAUGAUAAAGCUGGUGCAGAACUCCUUGAUAUUAUUCUAACAAAGGGUGGAGAAGUUGCAAUUUCACCCCCUUUUUUUGCCGGUUCACCUCCGACCCGAUCCGCUAACCCGGUCGUGAAUGACGCCCGCUUUGCCGAGGAGAAACCCGACCCGUUUUCAUCAUCAGGUCCGGGCACGCCGAUUUCCCCACGUCAACGGGCAACAGGUUGCGCCCGAACCAAGUUCGGGUUCAAACCCGCGCCGGUCCGAGUCGAGGGUUUUCGGACCCACAGCAUCUCUGCUACGGCUUAAGUGUUCUUAUCAUGAGAGGGAGUUAGUUUGAGGGAAGAGUUAUUAACACUUAUGUUAAGGAUUAUUGUACAUUAAUCCUAUCUUUUUUUUUGACUUUAGGUAUUAUUUAUCAAGAAACAUGUAAUUAGAAAAGGUUGUAUGUGUAAAUAUGGGAGAAAAGAGCAUGCUAAAUUGUUUUUUUUUUAAAUGAGUCAAGGGGACUUGAAUUUGUAAAAAGAAUAGUAGAGAAUGGGUCCCUUUAGUUUCUUCUUAGGUCAUGGAACAUGUUUAUGUAUAUAAAUGAAAGAUAUGGAGAUUGUUUUGGUGGCGAUAUUGUA